AUGCCGUUUCCCACCGCCUCCACCGCGCGGCGGCGGCGGCGGUACGAGGGCGCCGCCGGUCGGUGGUGCGGGCUCGUGGUCCUGGCUCUGAUGGCGCUCGCGGCCGGCGCGGCGGCGGAGACGUCGCCGUCGGACGUGGCGGCGAUGCGGGCGGUGGCGAAGGCGCUUGGCGCGGACAAGACGCUGGGAUGGGACGUCGCCGGCGAUCCCUGCUCGCCGAAGCGGUGGGACGGGGUGUCCUGCGACAAGUCGGGCCGCGUCACCGCGAUCCAGGUCGGGAAGCGCGGCCUCACGGGGACCCUGCCCCCGGAGGUGGGCGACCUCACCGAGCUCACUCGCCUCGAGGUUUUCGAGAACAAGCUCUCCGGCCCGCUGCCCUCGCUCCCGGGGCUCUCCUCGCUUCAGAUUUUACUUGCCCACAACAACAGCUUCACCUCCAUCCCCGCCGACUUCUUCAAAGGCCUCACCGGGCUCACCGCCGUCUCCAUCGACUACAACCCGUUCACGUCGUGGACGCUCCCCGCCUCCCUCGCCGACUGCGCCUCCCUCGCCAACUUCUCCGCCAACGGCGCCAACGUCUCUGGCACGCUCCCGGACUUCUUGGGUGCGAUGCCGGUGCUCCAGCGGCUGUCGCUGGCCUUAAACCAGCUGUCAGGACCCGUACCGGCGUCGCUGGCCCGCGCGCAGCUGGUGCAGCUCUGGCUCAAUGGCGGGCAUCUCAAUGGGUCGAUUAGCUUUGUCAGCAACAUGACCUCUCUGGAGCAACUGUGGCUGAAUCUUAACGAAUUCACUGGGCCCUUGCCGGACUUCGCGAGGUUUGAUAAUCUAUGGGAUUUGCAACUUCGCGACAACAAGCUCACAGGACCGGUGCCUGAGAGUCUUUUCAAGUUGAAGGCCCUGAAGAAGGUGACCCUGACGAAUAAUUUGCUGCAGGGUCCGAUGCCUCAGAUUCCUGAUCAACUUGUUGCAGGGACAGACAUGGAAGCAGAUUCAGAGCGGUUCUGUGUGCAGGAAUCCGGGAAGCCAUGCGAUCCCCGUGUGAGCCUGCUGCUCGAGGUUGCUGCUGGGUUCAUGUACCCGGCCUCACUUGCUGAGGAUUGGAGGGGGAAUGAUCCGUGUAGGUUUCCGGGUGUUAGUUGCAUCCAAGGUAACAUUACUGGGCUGACUUUUACCAACAAGGGUCUCAGUGGAAGUAUCUCACCGGCCAUCGGGAAGAUUAGCUCACUUAUGGUGCUAAAUCUUGCUAACAAUAACAUCACUGGUACUGUGCCUGAGGAGGUUGCCGCGUUGCCUUUGCUGACAGAUGUCGAUUUGUCAAACAACAAUCUCUAUGGGAAACUUCCUACCUUUGCUUCCAAGAGUGCAGUGGUGAAAACUGCUGGUAACCCUAACAUAGGCAAGGAUGCUCCUGCACCAGCGGCAGGAUCAGGCGGUAGCAACAACAGUCCAUCGGGGGGAGGCAGCAGCGGAAGCAGUGGUAACAAUGGGGGCUCCUCUUCGUCUUCUGUUGGAGUCAUUGCAGGCUCAGUGGCUGGUACAGUUGUUGGACUAGGCCUUGUUGCUGCAUUAGGUUUCUAUUGUUACAAGAGAAAGCAGAAGCCUUUCGGAAGGGUGCAGAGUCCACAUGCCAUGGUUAUCCAUCCAUGGCACUCAGGUUCAGAUGACAUGGUUAAAAUCACAGUUGCAGGGGGAAAUGCUAAUGGUGGUGCUCGCACAAGCGAGACAUAUAGCCAAGCGAGCAGUGGUCCACGGGACAUCCAUGUUGUUGAAAGUGGAAAUAUGGUCAUUUCAAUCCAAGUUCUCCGCAAUGUGACCAACAACUUCAGCGAGGAGAACAUCCUUGGUCGAGGAGGGUUUGGCACUGUUUAUAAGGGUGAGCUUCAUGACGGCACAAAAAUUGCUGUAAAGCGGAUGGAGGCUGGUGUGAUGGGUAACAAGGGGCUAAAUGAGUUUAAAUCAGAGAUUGCUGUUUUGACCAAGGUCCGUCACCGGAACCUUGUCUCGCUGCUGGGCUACUGCCUUGAUGGCAAUGAGAGGAUUCUUGUGUAUGAAUACAUGCCACAGGGAACACUGAGCCAACACCUGUUUGAGUGGUCAGAGAACAAUUUGCGGCCAUUGGAAUGGAAAAAGCGACUUAGCAUUGCACUUGAUGUUGCAAGGGGUGUCGAGUACCUUCACAGCCUUGCCCAGCAGACCUUUAUCCACAGAGACUUGAAGCCAUCAAACAUACUUCUUGGCGAUGACAUGAAGGCCAAGGUGGCAGACUUUGGAUUGGUUAGGCUUGCACCAGCUGAUGGGAAGUGUGUCUCUGUAGAGACGAGACUUGCUGGCACUUUUGGGUACCUUGCACCAGAGUAUGCAGUUACUGGACGUGUGACAACAAAAGCUGAUGUCUUCAGCUUUGGUGUAAUCUUGAUGGAACUGAUUACAGGACGCAGGGCACUUGAUGAGACUCAGCCUGAAGACAGCAUGCAUUUAGUUACAUGGUUUUGGAGAAUGCAGCUCAACAAGGAAACAUUCCGCAAAGCAAUCGACCCUGUUAUUGACCUUGAUGAGGAGACAUAUGCUAGUGUUUGUACUGUUUCAGAGCUUGCUGGUCACUGCUGCGCUAGGGAAGCACACCAGAGGCCUGACAUGGGCCAUGCUGUUAAUGUUCUCUCUACCCUUUCGGAAGUUUGGAAACCAACCGACCCAGACUCUGAUGACAGCUACGGUAUCGACCUGAACAUGACCCUGCCUCAGGCUCUGAAGAGAUGGCAGGCAUUUGAGGAUAGCAGCUACUUUGACGGUGCAACCUCUUCAUUUGUUGCAAGUUUGGAUAACACUCAGACGAGCAUCCCUACGAGGCCUCCUGGAUUCGCGGAGUCGUUCACCUCUGCUGACGGAAGAUAG